UAUAAUAAUGAUGAUUGAAAAUUUUAAAAAGUAUAAAUAUAUAUAUUGUGUAUUCGUAUGAUGAUCAUCAGGCUGUCAUGAAAUGAUUCGCAGGUGAAUGCAUGAUGAAGUAAGAGAGAUGCAGUUCAAGUAGUGGUGGUUGAUAGUAAUAAUAAUAUUAAGAUGUUGGAAUCAAAUAUGGGAGAAUUAAAAAAAAAAGUGUGGCAAGUAGAAGUGUCAGUAUCGCGCGGGACUUUACAUGAACCGUUUGUUAAACAAUUUAUAAAUAUUUGAUAAUUUUUUAUUGUUUUGUUUUUUCGUUAUUAUCAUUUGUAUUGAUAAUUUCAACAUAAAAAAAGCAGCAAUAACUAAAAGUGUAUAUUAUUAUUAAUAUAAUUUGAAAUAAUAAAAACUAAGAAAAUUAUUUCAAAAAUAUUUUUAUCAUUUCAUAAAUGUGGAAACGCAGAAAAAAAGAAUUUUGAUAAAUCGGAAUUACAAUUUAAAUUAAUAUUAUUUUUAUUUAAAUUUAAAUAUCAAUAGUAAUUGAUUUUUUUUUUAAUUUUUAAAUUUGAAAUACAUACGGCUUUAUUUUUCCAGUUCAACUGGAUAAAGAAUUGUCAAUAAUAAUUCGAAAGGAUAUUUGAAGUGACGAUCGAAGAGCGUUAUGACGGAUCCCAAUGUCUCCAAAAAUACGAGACAAUGUGAUACAGAGUGGCAGAAAAUUAAUACUGGGCAUGACACAGAAGAAGUGCAAGUGCAUGGAUAUGAAAAAAGUUACUUUGGAACAGUAAUAACAUUUUUCAGCUACAUAAUAACAUUUGGAUGUGUCAGAUUAUUUUUUCAUUGGUAUCCACAUUUACAUUUAUAUGCAACUCAUAAAAAGUGUUCACUAAGCCGAGCAACAAAACUUCUAAUUACUGACAAUUAUCAAGGUAAAUACAAAUCAUACUUUGUCAAGGAUAUUCAACUCAUUGGAACAACAAAUGUUAGGUCAAAAAAAAAUUGGAGAAUACUUGAAAAUGUCAGUGAUGAAUUAUUAAAAAAUAUUGAAGGAAAAAAUUUAUUGAUCACCUUGGAAAAUGGAACAAAACGAGAGGUUUUGAGUUAUCGUACAUUUUGGUUUAAAAAAAAAUGCUAUAUUUGGGAUGAUUGUCAUGAUGAAUUUUCAGGACUAGUUGGUUUUGAUCACAAUGUUCUUUGCUCAGAAUUACAUUUAAGAUCAAACAAAGGCCUUUCAAAAGAAGAACAAUUGUUGAAAAGAAUUGUUUAUGGCAACAAUGAGAUCAUCAUUCCAGUUCAAAGUAUUUGGAUGUUAUUUGUACUAGAAGUACUCAAUCCAUUUUACAUAUUUCAAGUUUUUACAAUAUGUGUUUGGCUUGCAGAAGGUUAUUAUUGGUAUAUAGGAGCAAUUAUAUGUAUGUCCUUCUUUGGUAUUACAUCUACUAUAAUUCAAACUCGUCAAAAUCAAAAAAAUCUUCAUGAAAAAGUUGUAUCAAGUGAAACAGUGCGGGUACAAAGAAGCUCUGGUGAAUUUGAAACAAUAUCAAGUGCUGAUUUAGCACCUGGUGAUGUUAUUGAACUUCCCAAGUUUCAAGGUCUUGUUGUUUGUGAUGCAAUUUUAUUGAAUGGCAAUUGUAUACUCAAUGAAUCCAUGCUUACAGGUGAAUCUGUACCAGUUACAAAAACACCUAUAACACCAAGACCAAUUUCAUUUGAUUCAAAAGAAUCAUCUCAACAUAUACUUUACAGUGGCACAUUGAUAAUUCAAACACGAUACUAUGGUGAUGGACCAGUAUUGGCAAGAGUCAUUAAAACUGGACUUUUAACAAAUCGUGGUAGUUUAGUUGCUGCAAUUCUUUAUCCACCACCAGCUGAUUUUAAAUUUGACCAAGAUUCUUACAAAUUUAUUAAAAUAUUAGCAGCAAUUGCUUUUGUUGGUCUUCUUUAUACAGUUAUAUUAAAAAUCCAACGUGGUAUGACAAUGGUGGAUAUUGCUAUUAAAGCCUUGGAUAUUAUUACAAUUGUUAUUCCACCAGCUUUACCAGCAGCAAUGACUGUUGGUAAACUUUAUGCCCAAUCACGAUUAAAAAAAGAAAAAAUAUAUUGUAUCAAUAGUCGUGUUAUCAAUGUCACUGGAAGUUUAAAUUGCAUUUGUUUUGACAAGACUGGUACACUGACAGAAGAUGGUCUCGACAUGAUGGGAAUCGUGCCAGUCAUCAAUGGUAGUCUAACUGAUGCUGAAAAAAAUAUUCAAAAUAUGAAUAAUCAUCCACUUUUUGAGGGCAUGUUAGUAUGUCACAGUUUGACACUGAUUGAUAAUGAAUUAUGCGGUGACCCUCUUGAUGUUAAGAUGUUUGAAAGUACUGGAUGGAUUUUAGAAGAGCCACAAAUUGCUGAUACAAGAAAAUAUGAUUUACUUGUACCAACUGUUGUAAAACCACCAGAUAAUUUCAAUCGUCAUUUAGAAAAUAAUAUAGAUCAAUUACCAGAAAUUGGAAUAAUUCAACAAUAUCCAUUUUCCAGUUCAUUACAACGAAUGUCAGUUAUUGUUAGAGUAUUGGGUACUGAUCAUUUUCGUGCCUACACAAAAGGUUCACCAGAAAUGAUUAUUAGUCUCAGUAAGCCUAGUACUGUACCUCAAAAUAUUGCAAUUGAAUUACAAAAAUAUACUGAACAAGGAUAUCGUGUUAUAGCUUUUGGAAGAAAUAUGAUAUCAACAGCAAGUUUUACAAAAAUACGAAAAAUGCAUAGAAAUAAUAUUGAAAAAGAUUUAGAAUUUUUGGGUCUUGUGAUAAUGGAAAAUAGAUUAAAAGAACCGACAAUUCGUGUAAUUGAAGAAUUAAGAGAAGCUAAUCUUCAUGUUGUCAUGAUAACAGGUGAUAACAUUCAAACCGCUGUGAGUGUUGCCAGAGAUUGCAAGAUAUUAUCAAGAAAUGAAACAGUUAUUGGUAUCACGAUAACACCUGGUGAUGAAAAAAUUUCGCCGAAAAUUUAUUUUAAUAUUCAAGGAGCACCGGCAACUUCAAUAUUAACAUGUACAACAAUUGAAUCAAUUGAAGCUGGUGUAGAUACACUGAAUUAUCGAUUUGCAUUGACUGGUCAAACAUGGGAACUUUUACGUCAAUUUUUUCCGGAUUUAUUGCCAAAAAUUUGUGUUCGUGGUGCUGUAUUUGCUCGAAUGACUAGUGAUCAAAAACAACAACUUAUUCUUGAGCUUAUGGAACUAGGCUACUAUGUUGCAAUGUGUGGAGAUGGAGCAAAUGAUUGUGGUGCACUUCGUGCUGCUCAUGCAGGAAUAUCUCUAUCGGAGGCCGAAUCAAGUGUUGCAAGUCCAUUUACAUCACAGAUUCCUGACAUCACAUGUGUUCCAAAAGUCAUUCGUCAAGGUCGUGCUGGCCUUGUGACCUCUUUUGGUAUCUUUAAAUUCAUGGUUACUUAUUCAUUAACUGAAUGUUUUUCGGCACUUAUACUCUAUUCAAUUGAUUCAAAUUUAACUGAUUUUGAAUUUCUAUUUAUUGAUAUUGCAUUAAUUGUUAAUUUUGCAUUUUUCUUUGGUAAAACAAAAGCAUAUGAAGGUAAACUUGCACCUCAACCACCAAUGACAAGUAUAUUAAGUUUUACACCAUGUUUUUCACUUAUUCUUCAUAUGGCAGUUAUUAUUGCUUUUCAAAUUGGUGUUUUUAUUGGUGUACAACAUUUUCCAGGAUACACAGAAUUUAAGCCAGAUACACCAUUUGAUUAUGAUUGUGUUGAAAAUUAUUCAGUAUUUUGUUUGUCAAUGUUUCAAUACAUAACAAUGGCAGUUAUAUUUUCACGUGGUAAACCUUAUCGUAAAGCAAUCUAUACAAAUAAUGCAUUUAUAUGUUCAAUUUUAUCAUUAACUAUUUUUUGCAUGUAUAUAACACUUUAUCCAGCUAAUUGGAUUGCAAAUCUUUUAAAACUCAAAGUAUCAGAAAGAUCUGAAUGGCGUAUAAUUAUUAUUAUAUUGGCAUUUGUUUAUUUUUUUAUUUCACUUAUUAUUGAAACAUUUAUUAUUGAAUUUACAAUUGAAAAAAAAGUAAAACCAAUGCUUUAUAAUUCGGAAAAAUCAAAAAAAAAAUAUUUAGUUAUUGAGCAUGAAUUAAGAAACCAAUUAAAUUGGCCAAAAUUAAAUUUUGAAUUACCAGCAUUAACACAAGUACCAAGUGUUGAAAAUAUUAAUGAUAAUUUUGAUCAUAAAGAAAAUAAAAAUAAAGAUCAAUUUCAAGGUGUUACUAAUCCUGUAUUUAUUCGCGACACAACAACAAAUGAAAUAACGAAAUUUUAAUAUUAAUAAAUAUAAUUUAAAAAAGAAAAAAAAAAAAACUACUUUACGUAAAAAAUAUCAAAUAUAAAUUUAAGAAUAUUGUAACAUUUUUUUUUGUUUUUUACAAUAACUGUAAAUGAAUUUAUAAAAAUAAAAAUAUAUAUCAACAAUUCAUCGAAUCAAAUAAAAUAUUUGUUAAAUAAUAAUAAAAUAAUAAAUAAAUUAUAAAUCAAAUAAAAAAAAAUUAUUUUAAAAUAAUCAUUA